UUUUGGUCUAUCCAGUGAAGUCUGAAUAUAGUUGUAUAUAUAGUUCUCUAUAUAGUUCUCAUAUAGUCUCUCCCUGAGUUAAAAAGGGAUGUCCACAUCCCUAUGGUAGCUGAUACCAAUUCUGCUUCCAUGAUCUAGAUGCAAUUUAACAUUUUCUUCUAUGCUCAUUCUAUAAGCUGUCUAGAAUUCAAAUAAACCUGCUUUACUGUCAUCUCCUGAGGCACCUACCUUAUUAGUGAAGGAAAUACAACUGGUUUGACAUCAUUUGUGACAAACUUGCUGUUUACUUUCCAUUGAUUGUUGUUUUCAACAUGUUCUUAAACUGAUAAUAAUUUAUUCCCCGUUAUUUUCCAGGAUAACAGGUAAGAUGAUUGGUUUGGCUUGGAGAUCGCUGGGGGAGAGAGAUCUUCCUUGCUUUUCUUCCUAAUGAUCUGGACCCCAGUGAACUUASGAAGAAAUCUGUUUGCCUGAGUUCUCCCUGCAUGACUUUUAGGACCUUUGGAUGAAAGAGCUGAGACUUGAAUUGACUUUUUGUCUGCARUUUGGAAAGUGGGAGUUAGAUGAUAUAAUCAAGCUGAAUAAAAAAGAAGAGCGAAAGCAAUAUUCCCCCAAAAUGAAAAGGGGGCUUCAGCAGAAUGGAGCUCGGCAGUUCAGGACAUCAGGCUCCAAGUGGGGAAUCCAGCAGCAGAAGGGUUACGGCAAAAAUCGUUUGGGACGCAGAAAGAAGGUAGCAGGGAAGAAACGUUCUUACGGAGUUAUCACUGGCUUGGCAGCCAAGAAAGCAAUGGGCUCCCGCAAAGGAAUUAGCCCUCUGAACCGACAGCCACUUAGUGAGAAGAAUACACAGCGAAAUUACCCAGUUUUGAAAAAGAAAACAACCCUGCAGAGACAAUCUGAAAUGCAGAGAAAGCAAGCAGCAACCAUUAGGAGACCCGUCCCACUGAAGAGAAGGAAUAACAUACAAUCCACUUUUGCCAGAAUUGGAAACAAACUGAAUCAACAGAAAGACACUCGUCAAGCGACUUUCCUGUUUAGAAGAGGCCUAAAGGUUCAGACCCAAGUGCAGCCAGCAGAUGAUCUAGAUAAUCACACAGUAAAGAGAACACGUCAAUGGCGAACUUCGACCACAAGUGGAGGGAUUCUGACUGUAUCUAUUGACAACCCAGGAGCAAUCAUAAAUCCAAUUUCCCAGAAACUACGAUUAACCCGUACUCCUGUGCCCCCAUUUCUGAUGAAGAGGGACCAAUCUGAAGAGAAGAAGAUUCCCAAAGGAGUUCCUUUGCAGUUUGACAUCAAUAGUGUUGGAAAACAGACAGGAAUGACUUUGAAUGAGCGUUUUGGGAUCCUGAAGGAACAAAGAACAGCACUGUCCCAGAGCAAAGGAAGCCGUUUUGUAACCGUGGGCUAACCUGUUGAAUGGACUGAGUCCUGAUCCCAUCUAUCUAAGAAACUGAGAUGAAAGUGGCCAGAAGAACACAGCAUAUGUCACUGAAAUUCUCCAGACUUUUUGCUAAGAUAAUGGCAGAGCUAACUGUCUUUAUUACUUUUACUUGGAACGUUAAAAGACGUGAUGCCGUGGGGUGAAAAAGUGGGGAAACCCACGUGCCAGAGGAGCACCCUGAUCUGGUUGAAAAAGAUUUUGUUGCCCAGUUAAUGACGAAUAUUCUUUCUUUUUUUUUGUUAUUUUUUUUUCCUUUGGUUGGUCUUGUAAUCAAAAUACAAAYGUGAGGAUAAAAGUUUGGGGGUGGGGUGGGUUUGUUUGUUUUGUUUAGGAGUGCUCAGUACCUGUUCUUUGAUCCCCUGCUAUAGUAAAGACUGUCAAUGUUCAUUACAGUCACAUUUUUAGGGUGUUAGGGACUGUCUGUAAACUUCCCUUUGGUCUGCAGUCGGGCACGGAACCUCAGUCUGUGAAUAUUCUGGUAGUGAUGUAGCAGCAUUUUUCAUGGGAGCAUUGCUUGUAAUUCUUUAUGCUUUUGAUGUUGUGUUUUUUUUUUUUUUCCCCUUCCUUGGAGACUAAAUAUUUUGCAUCUUCAUUUUUGCAAAUAAAACUGUUAGCUGAGACCCAAGAUAUGUAAUUGGAGUGGAGAAUAUUCUGCUCUUAACCUUAAACRUGGUCCAGAUCACACUAGAGGAAUACUUCACAGGCAGUAUGGGCUUAAUUUAUAUUACAAGUAGCUGAAGUUCGUCUUCUGCAAAUUGAGUAUGUGUGUCCCUUUUUUUUUUUAACCUUAAACAUCCUAUUUCCUUUGAAAGCUUUUUCUUUUUUUUUCCACAUAAACUUAAUGCAAUAACUUCACAUCUUUUGUAGGAAUAAAUACAACCCUUCAGAAGAAAGUCAGUGGUGUGGUAGAGUUGCUGAUCUUCCCAGGCACAGGAGUCUCAUCUUGCCCAAGAGAGUUCUCCCUGUCCCUCAGAAAGGGCCAGAGACAGGCAAUUUAAUGGCAUUUGUUUGUAUGUACCAAAGAGAGGUAAGAUGUGACGCUCAUCAACAGUGGUCAGACAUUCUGAAGUUUGCUGAAACUGGGCCAGAGUUGUUGGAAUAAAGCCCUCAGUCUGACAGCAUAUUUAAGGCAUUAAAUAGUUCACAGAGUUGCUCCCUUAGUGCCUGGUUUUACGCAUCUAAGUGAAGGAUGGUAAUAAUUUGGGCUCCUUACUGUGAAUUUAUACUAUCCCUAAAAAUGAGACACCUGUUGAUAAUUAACUUGCUGUCAAAAUUGCUCCCAAUCCUGAGAGUGAUGAACUUAACCCUGUUCUACAGCAAUAUGUUUUAGGUACAGCCAGGUAACAUGGCUGGC